UUUCCCAAGCUCAGUGGUUCUGUGGUUCUGUGGUUCUGUGGUUCUGUGAAGUGUUUGAGUUCCUCACCUCGGAGGGACAGAAGGUUCUUUGUACCUGAUGUCCCCCUGUGCUUUUCAUGGUGACAAAACCACUGACUGGGAGGAAUGUCUUCUUGCUGAGGAUCCCGAAUAAAGCGGAUUGAAAACCAACAAAUACCCAGAAAUAACCACAUUUGUGAAAUUAGACAGACACAGUGUCAGGGUUCCACCUCACUGCUAUGCUGCAGUGACAUUAGAGACACAGAUCCUUUGUCAGAGAAUUUCAGUGACAGCCCUGGUGCCCUCUUGCGUGACAUAAUUUCUUUAUCUUACAUGCAAACCAGAAAACAUUUUGAAACACUCUGUGUUCCUAUUUUGAAAGACUGGACCCGGUGUAUAAGGUUUGUUACGUUUAUUUCUGUAUCUAUAUUCCAUCUAGAUUAGUUUUAUACAGAUCAGAGGCACUGCUGCAGCUGCAAGGAUUGGAGAAUGUUGCAAUCUUGAUUUAAAGUCAGUGCCUUGCUGUCCUUCAGUCCAAUGAGUGUAAUGGAAUUAAGAUUUUCAUUGUGGAUUAUGAUCUCAGUGUUUACUGUAAAUAAACUGCCUCCUGGAAAUUUCAUAGAAAAUGUAGUGUGGGAAAAAGCUUAAUAGAAGCUCAGCGAGUCAUUUUUUUACACUCAGAAUUUUCCAUCAAGGCUUGCAAAUAUUAGGGGGCUACUUUUCCCAUUGAGUCAUCAGUAAUUGAGGCAGGACAUUUUGUAUUUCUAUAUGGAGGAAUUUUCUAUUUCUAGAUAUAUUUCCAGUUCUCUUGAGUGGAUUGUCAAUAAAUCAAUGCAAUGGUAGUGAACUGAUUUCCUGUUCUGCUGUGAGCAUUUUAGACAUAGCCAGAGCCACCCAGUGAACUUCAGCUAAGUAAUAAAAAACAAACUUAUUUCUGCAACAUCAUUUAUGAGCUGUUUAUAAGACCCCCACCAUCCUGGCAGUACUGUUUAUUAUAAUAUUUGAAUAAUAUAAAAACACCAAGGGUUUGUUUUUUUUUUUCUGCUCUCUGGACUCUGAAGCACCAACCCUCAGCAGCAUUGCUGUGACAGGAAAUGCUCCACAAUUAUCCCUGUGUCCCAACUAUUGCACCUGCACAGGGAGAAAACCUCUGAAAAUGAUUUCAGUUGGAGUUCAGCCAGCAGAAGUUGUUGUUUGGUUGUUGUUGCAUAUCCAGGGGCAGCACAGGAAGCGUUGCAGCCCUUGCUGCAAUCUCAAACCCCGUGAGCUCCCCGGGCUCCUGCAGCGGCACAGCUUUGGCUGGGCUGCUGCCAGAGGGAAAGUGGGAGAGUGUCUGGAUGUGCAUGAAGUGGAUCUGAAGUUUCUCUCUCCCAAAAUGCCCCGUUCACACCUUCCCACCUCACCCACAAACGCAGGCGUGGGGAGUGACAGAGAUUCUGCCCCUGUGCCCUGCUCAGGUGAGACCUCACCUGCAGAGCUGCCCCAGCCCUGGGGUCUGGAAGGAGCUGGAGCUGCUGGAGAGGGUCCAGAGGAGGCUCCAGGAUGAUCCCAGGUUACUGGAGCAGCUCUGCUGGGAGAGCUGGCAUCGUUCACCUGGAGAGGAGAAGCUUUGGGGUGAGCUCAGUGUGGCCUUGCAGGGCCUGAAGGAGCUGCAGGAAAGAUGGAGAGAGAGUUUGGACAAGGGAUGGAGGGACAGGACACAGGGAAUGGCUUCAGACUGACAGAGAAUGGGUUUAGAUUGGAUUGUAGGAAAACAUCCUUCCCUGUGAGGGAGGUGAGGCCCUGGAAUAGAAUUCCCAGAGCAGCUGUGGCUGCCCCUGGAUCCCUGGCAGUGCCCAAGGCCAGGUUGGACAUUGGGGUUUGGAGCAGCCUGAGACAGUGCGAGGUGUCCCUGAACAGCAGAAAUUCCCCCUCGGAUUCAUGAAUGGGAACAUUUAGUUGUGUUUGAAAGUAGUUCUGUGGCCACAGGUUGUGGGUUUAUAACUGAUAUUUCUCCAUCAUUCCAAAUGCUGGAGCACCUGAAAAACUCCAGGGUAGCAAAUGAAUGGCUCCUAAUCACCUGCAUGAAAUGUCUGCUUCUGAUAUUAAAAGAAAAAAAAAAAAAAAGAGAGAGAGAAAUCACAGAGGCAUUGAAAUGGGCUGCUUUGUGCCAGGAAUUCUUUCUCCUCUGGACAGCAGCUGGUUUGCUCCCAGCCUAGGGGUGUAAAUUUUGUUGAUGAAGCUUUUCAAUUCAGCAUUUUCCAUUCAAGAUAUUAAAGUGUUUUCUAGCUACAAGACUGUGGCUUUGAAAGCCAGUGUCUAAUUUCAUCUUGAAGCUGCUGUGGAAAGAGGAAGGAAAAGGCUUUUACCAGAGAAAAGCCAGAGUGUACAAAGGCAAAAGCAGAAAAUUUGCAAACCCCAAGAUAUCCUGAGCCCAAAGUGGUAAAACCUGUGCACCAGCAUGAUGUGGACUCAGCUGUUGCCAAGCAAAUAACAACUAUUAAUAAUUCAAAAUAACAUUGUACCUUAAUGAUAUUCAAGGAAUUUUUAGAAUAGUCCAAGAAACAAAAUCCUUCAGCUGCAGGUCAUGUUUAGCUGUCCUCCUGGGGUUUUCUGCCUCUGCAGGGGGAGGUUGUUUUGCAGGGUGUUUAUAACCACAAAGGAGUUCUGUUCAGUUCUAGAGACAGGUGAAAAGUUUAUCAAACCUCACACCACUCUGAGGUUAAAAAAAAAAAAAAAAAAAAAACAAACAACAACAAAAAAAAAACCUCCAAGCACAACAAACCAGGAGUAAAAACUGCUGCUGCAAAAAAUGCUUCCAAAUGCCAUCCUCUUCCUGAUCCAGCCCUGCUGCCCUGGGUUUUCUGUUCAGAGCAGGGAAGGCACUCCCUGCAGGGGAGGCUGUGUGUCCUGCACAUCACCAGCUGCAGCCCAGUGGCUCCCUGGAGAGAAUUCUGCUACGUAAUGAGCUCCCCCCAUUCCCAGAGCUGCUUUCCUGGGGCUCCCAGCGAGCAGGAGGGGGGAGAGGCUGAGCUUUCCCUCUCCAGGCUUCCAGCCAGAGCCUCCAGUGCUGCCUGACCCACUGACAGGGCUGGGGAGAUCUUCCUCCUCCUCCUCCUCAGGUGAUGGACUAACAGGGAAACAGGCAGCAAAAUGAAGGUCAAUCACAGCCUGGCCAAGGCGCUGUACGACAACCAGGCCGAGUGUUCGGACGAGCUGGCGUUCCGCAGGGGGGACAUCCUGACGGUGCUGGAGCAGCACGUGCCGGGCAGCGAGGGCUGGUGGCGAUGCUCCCUGCACGGCCGCCACGGCCUGGCCCCCGCCAACCGCCUGCAGCUCCUGCCGGCCCACGGCCGCCAGCCCACGGAGCCACCAGAGCCACACGGCAUCUACCAGGUGCCCUCCGCGCCCAAGGCCGCGGCGCUGUCGGCCGCCUACGAGAAGAUGGAGGGCUGGGUCCAGCAGCCGGCCGUCCCUGUCCCUGUCCCUGUCCCUGUCCCUGUCCCUGUCCCUGUCCAGGCCGUGUACCAGGUGCCGGCCCUGGCGGCGCAGCUGCUCAGCGAGAGGACCGAGCGCUCCACGCACCAGCACCUGUUUACCCUCCCGAGAGCCUGCCGGGCUUCAGCCCCAAACAUCAGGGGGGAAGUGUAUGAUGUCCCCUCCAGGCAGCACCGUGGGUCCCUGCUCCCACAGAGUGGUGCCACUCCCCCCAGCACACGGAAGGGUUCUCUGCUGGGCAGAUCCACUGAGAGCUUCCAGGCAGAGCACAAGCAGCUUUACAACAUCCCAUCCAAGCCAGAAAAGGCAGGAGCUGGCAGCCAGAAGGACUCACCAGCAGGCAAUUUAUAUGAUGUCCCUCCCAAAAGAGAACUCGAUGACUCAGAAAAUAAAUCUCAGAAGAAGUGCUGGGGCCAUUACAACACUUUGCCAAACCCUCGGAAAUCCGAAUGGAUUUACGAUAUUCCAGUAUCCCCUGAAAAUGCCAGAUUCAAACCAAACCCUGCUGGCCAGUCUGUGGAGAAGCAGGUGCUGUAUGAUAUUCCCCCAGCCAGGUACAAGGCUCCAGGCACAAGCACCGAAGCCAAGGUUGGAAAUGCACAGUUGUACGACAUCCCACCGACGCAGCGAAAAUUAACGCUCCCAGAAACGCCCCUUUACGACGUUCCAUCCUCACGGGACGUGCUCCUCCUGCCACACAAUGGCAGCUCUGAGGUGCCACCCAGUCUCCUGCCUGCCCAGGCUGGGAAUCAGAUCUCUGAGGAGAAUGUUUAUGAUAUUCCUAAAGGUUUGCCCAGUGCUGGACACUCCAAGAAAGGGAUGGAAAACAACAGUGACCAAGCACAUGAUGCUUCUCCACAGCUCUUGAUGGAUGCCAGGUCAGAAAAUGACAGUUUGUGUGUCUCUAGUGUGGACAGCAGAAGCAGCACUCUCUACUCAUCCUGCAGCUCUUCUGCUGAGUUGUUUCCUCCGCUGUCACCAUCACCAGAGCCCGUCCAAGAAAUCAAACUGGAGCUGGAAGCAGCCAUCGGGACCCUGACUCAGCUGCAGCACGGCGUGUCCAGCUCCAUAGCCAGCUUAAUGAUCUUUGUGAGCAGCAAGUGGAGAUUGCAGGAGCACCUGGAGAAAAGCCUGGAGGAGAUCCACAGAGCAGUGGACCACAUAAAGGUGUCACUGGGAGAGUUCCUGGCCUUUGCUCAAGCUCUGAAGGGAAACGCCUCCAACCUCACGGAUAACAACCUGCAGACCAGAAUUAAAAAACAGCUGGAAAUCCUCAUGAACUCCUACAAAAUAUUGACAGAAACGAGGGAAGCUCUCAACAGCUGCAGCUGGUCCCUGGAGGCUUUGGUGCUCAGGAAGCCCCAGAACAACCCUGACGACCUGGAUCGCUUCGUUAUGGUGGCCAGGACAAUUCCAGACGAUAUCAAGAGGUUUGUGUCCAUCAUCAUUGCCAACGGGAAGCUGCUCUUCAGGAAGAACGAGAAAGAACAAGAAAAGAAGCAACCAAAAGUGAACCUGGAAUGCAAAAUGGCAAAACAAAUCCCAGUACCAAGAAGAGUAGAAAUUGAGUCACUCCAGAGAAAUGCUCCUGAGAAAUCCAGCCAAAGCCGGGUCCCUGUGGAGAAACCAGAAGAAAAUUCCCCUGAGGACUGCGACUAUGUCCAGUUACAGGCACAGAAAGUCAUUUCAGGUAAAGAAGUAGCACAGAAGAGUACAGAGUCAAACCCAAAGGUUUUGCCAUGUGCAAAAAAGACUGAAAAUCCCAACAGGCAGGAGCCAGCCAGGAAAAUCCCCCUCCCAGAGCACUGCAGGCUGUGCUUCGCUGCCCUGCACAAGGCCAUCGGCGUGUUCACCACCAGCCUCAGCAACCAGCAGCCCCCCGAAAUCUUCAUCUCCCACAGCAAACUCAUCAUCAUGGUGGGACAGAAGCUGGUGGAUUCUCUGUGCCAGGAAACCCAGGACAGGGAGGCCAGGAGCGACAUCUUGCACAGCAGCAGCCGCUUCUGCAGCCUGCUCAAGAACCUGGCCCUGGCCACCAAAACUGCAGCCCUCAAAUAUCCCAACGCAGAGGCCACCAGGGAGCUGCGGGAGCAGAUGGAGGAGCUGGCCAAGUACACCCAGCAGUUCAGAGCCAUGAUGGACUGAGGCACCUGCCGCUGGCCUCGCUCCUUUGGGCACCAAUUCGCACUCAGAAUUCCCACCAGGAAUUCCCGGGGUGCACUGCUAGCAGGUGAACAUUCCCCCUCUCAGAAUUCCCACCAGGAAUUCCUUGGGUGUACUGGUAGCAGGUGAAGAUUCUCCCUCUCAUAAUUCCUGUCAUGAAUUCCCUGGGCACACUGAAGAUUCCCCCUCUCAGAAUUCCCAGCAGGAAUUCCCUGGGUGCUGGUGCAGGUGAACAUCCCCACACUCAGAAUUCCCAGCAGGAAUUCCCUGGGUGCUGGUGCAGGUGAACAUCCCCACACUCAGAAUUUCCAGCAGGAAUUCCCUGGGUGCUGGCGCACUGGUAGCAGGUGAAGAUCCCCACAGCAGCUGAUGCAGAAGAAUUAAAUCUGCACUUUCUUCUCCACAGUUCGCAUCCUGCCUGGAAAUGUCAUUAUCACAGAGGCUGGGUGGGAAUGUUUGCUGUGUACUGGAGCAAAAGUUGUUGAUUAUCGGACUGAUUUCUUAUUUUUUGUUCUCUUUGUAUGUCUGAUAAAUGUAUGUUCCUUUUUAAUUGUGUUUUCUAUUUGUGUCAAGUCUCUCUUUAAAUGUAGCUGCACAAUGUUCUGUGACUUAUGAUAUCCCAAUAUUGAUUGCUUCCUGAGGACUUUACACAAAAUUUGUAAUUACAGGGUUGUUUUGUUGUUUGUUUGUUUUUUUAAACAGCUGCAAAGCUAAUUUUUGGCUUUAACAACUGCAACACGGUACAAAAUCUGGUCAAUAGGAAAUGCAUCAGGCUGGUACCUGAGCACAAAGGAAUAGUUUGGGAGAAGUCCAGUGAUAAAUCUACAGGGAGCGUAUCAUUCAUUGGAGCUCUCUGAACAUUUCUCUAGCGGGGGGAAAAGAAAAGAAAAAAAAAUCCGGUCACGAAACGUGCAGUCUUUGGAGAAGCUCUCCCCACAGCUGGAAAUGUUGUUAUUCCCUGCUGGAAACCCAGCGAGCUCCACCCAGCGCUGGGGAAGCUCCCAGGGCUCCAUCGCAGCCCUCAGAGCCUCGGGCUGUGGAGCUUUUUAAACUUUAUCCCCUAAUUUCCUGGACGUGAACAUUUCUGGAUGCGACAAAGCCACCGCAGCCUCGCGCGGCUGCACCCACGCUAAUUGUAGCUCUCGUAAUUAAUUUAUUUUCCGGCUUGCACCCGCAAUGCCAAGGCCUGGCGAUGUUCGCCCUCAGAAGGAACAAGAACAGCGUGGGCAGCCAUGGGGACCCGCUCCCCUCUCGGCAUCCUCUCGCCGGAGUUCUCCGUGUCACCGCCGUAUUUCCGGCGUGAUUUAUCGCCGACAUGCGUCACUAUCAUCGCGACAUCGCUGUUUGUACCCUCAGGGCAGCGCUAGCUUCCCACCGGGAAUUCGUGUGGAUUAAACUCGCUCCUGCACCA